AUGGACUGGCAGACCCUGGCCCCCAAGGUCGCCUCCCACGCAGUGGCGGAGGUAGGAAUGAUUUUUAGGUAUGGCGGUUGCCAACCCUUGCCAUAUACCUGCCUCCGCCCAUGCUCCCACGUCGUCGCCAGCGCCCACCCCGUGGAGGGCGAGGGCGGCGUCGGCAGCGUCAGGCAGUUCAACUUCACCUCAGCCAUGCCAUUCGGCUUCAUGAAGGAGAGUCUCGAGUUCCUGGACGUGGACAAGUACUAG